AUGUCCCUGAUUGAAAAGCGGGGUGAGGUCACCAUGGUCAUCGACAAGGUCAACGAUGCCCUGGAGAGGGGGGAGGUCCUGGAUGAGGAGGGCCCAGAAGCCCGGAGUUUGGCGGAUCUCGUGCAGAGGCUCAGAAAAGAGUCCGAGAAGGUUUGGCCGAAGAUCAGCUCUUACGAGAGAGACAUCGCCCAGUUCAGCGAGAAGUUGUCGGAGACGCAGAGGCAGCUCCUGGCCAUUCGGGACACACCCACACGGGAUUCCGACGACCUCCGGACGCAUCUGAAGGCACAGAUCAACCAGGUGAAGCGGAUGAUGGCACAGCUUGGGCGAUUGCGUGACAUCCAGCGGGUCAAUGCGCAGGAGAUCGGCAUGGUCGAACGAGUCCGGGCAAAGCUCUUCAAGCAAGUGCGCGUUCGCAACUUGCUGGCGGAAGGUAACCCUGAGAACAUGGCGAUGAAGAUUGCCACGUUACAGGAGGACACGGAUAGGCUACGGACCACCAUCAAAGACCUAGAGGCUGGAUUGCAACCUCUCACCAAAGAGGCUGCGGACAUCAUCGGAAAACUUCGGGAAAUGCCGUUUGAGUUCACCACGGAGACUGGCAAGCUCCGGGAGCAGCUGAUUGCGAACAUCCACCACGAAUCGCACUGGAAAGAGCGAUUAGCUGUCCUUCGGGGCGAGAAGCUGCAGAACAUCCGCUUCAUCGCGCUGUUGAAGAAGGCCCUCUCCCAAAAAUCUUCCUGA